AACUGCAUGAAUUCAUCUUAUUCAGAAGUAUUUUAUAUGGUGUUUUAGUAGUCUGUUACAGAAAAAACAUUGUUUGUGAUCGACAACUAUAAAACUGGAUAUCAUUGUAAUUCUCUGUGGAAAAAAAACCGAUUGUGCCAAUAUAUGAUGGAUUAAAGAAGUUACUUUAACAGGGAUUAUGACGGCAAGAAAGGGUUUUUUAGCCCAACAGCAAAACACAUUUCUUGAUACCAUAGCAACCAAGUUUGAUGGCACACAUAGUAACUUUGUUCUUGGAAAUGCUCAAGCAUCGAGCUUCCCAAUUGUGUAUUGUUCCGAUGGAUUUUGUGAACUCACGGGAUACGCACGAGCUCAAGUUAUGGGGAAGAGCUGUGCCUGUAAAUUCUUAUAUGGUGCUGAUUCAAACGAAACGGACAAAACUAAGAUAGACGAGGCUCUGGAAGAAAGACAAGAACUUAAAACAGAAAUAUAUUUAUACCAAAGAAACAAAAAUGGUUUUUGGUGCUUACUUGACAUUGUGCCAAUCAAGAAUGAAAAAAGUCAAGUUGUACUUUUCUUAGUAUCACACAAAGAUAUUACCAAAGACCGAACACCGUCCAUUGUUGACAACAAUAACAAAGAUGAAUCAGGCUCAGAUGAAGAAGAAGACUUGUUUGAUCCACCAACCAUUCCACUACGCAGCUCUGAUAUGCCAACUAACUACCAUUAUGACAGACGAAGAAGUCGAGCUGUCCUUUAUCAGCUGUCUGGUCAGUUCGACAAACAUAAGCAUAACAGAACAAAGAGUAAACUACAGAAGCUCAAUAAUUUCACCGGGUCAAUAUCAGGUCAGAUGCCAGAGUACAAAGUUCAAGAGGUCAAAAAAUCCAAAUUUGUGAUUGCUCAUUAUGGAAUUUUCAAAGUCGGCUGGGAUUGGUUGAUAUUGUUGUGUACAUUUUAUACUGCCAUCAUGGUUCCUUAUAAUGCAGCAUUUUCAAAUAAAGACGUCAAAGAAUCGCGAGAUUCUAUUUACUCAGAUGUUGUUGUAGAAAUUUUAUUUAUAAUAGAUAUAGCAUUAAAUUUUUGUACAUCGUUUCUUAGUAGAAGUGGACAUAUAGUUUAUGAUUUAAAACAGAUAGCAAUCAACUAUAUAAAAGGAUGGUUUUUAUUGGACCUUCUUGCCGCCCUUCCUUUUGACUUUCUGUUUUUGUUUAAUGUCAACUUGAAAACACCAGUACAUUUGCUCAAACUAGCCAGAUUGUUACGUCUUGCCAGACUUCUACAGAAGAUAGAUAGAUAUUCGCAAUACAGUGCUGUUGUGGUGACACUGCUGAUGUGUAUGUUUGCCAUGAGUGCCCAUUGGUUAGCAUGCAUAUGGUACGCUAUAGGAUAUAAGGAGUUAAAAAAUAACCCACAGAACUGGACAGUAGGUUGGUUAUUUGAGUUGGCAGAAAGAAUCGAUGAUCCCAUAGAUUCAAACAGAACCAACAAACCAGACAUAUUGACCUCCUAUCUGACAGCACUUUAUUUUACAUGUAGUAGUUUAACUAGUGUUGGAUUUGGAAAUGUGUCUGCCAAUACCAAUGCAGAGAAAAUUUUCUCAAUAUGUGCCAUGUUAAUUGGUGCCAUGAUGCACGCAGUAGUAUUUGGUAAUGUGACUGCCAUUAUACAGCGAAUGUAUUCUAGACGUGCCAACUAUCAUUAUAAAACCAAAGAUCUGAAAGAUUUUUUUAGGACACAUCAUAUACCAAAACCACUCAAACACAGGAUGCAGGAACACUUCCAGGCAACUUGGUCUGUAAACAACGGCAUCGAUACCAAUGAGAUUUUAAAGGAUUUCCCCGAUGAACUACGAGGAGAAAUAGGUCUUCACCUACAUCACGACAUCUUAUCGUUACCAAUAUUUGAGGAUGCCACACAAGGAUGUUUGAGGUCCAUCUCUCUUCAUACAAAGCGCGCAUUUUGUGCUCCAGGAGAUUUCUUAUCUCACAAAGGGGAUGCUGUGAACUACGUAUAUCUACUGUGUAAUGGAUCUAUGGAAGUCUUGAAAGAAGAAAUGGUGGUAGCUAUUUUAGGGAAGGGUGAUUUAUUUGGUGCUGAUAUAAAUAUGGACGACCCAGUUGGAAUUUCCUGUUGUGACGUCAGAUCGUUGACCUACUGUGAACUUCAAUGUAUAAAUAUACGAGGAUUUGUAGAUGUGUUAUCACUGUAUCCAGACUUUGCGGAGAAAUUUCAGAAGGACAUUCGACAUGAUCUGACAUAUAAUCUCAAGGAUGGAUAUGAAGAUGAAGAGAGUGAAGGAGAAACAAAACUUCACAGGAUAAUAACACUGCCAUCUAUAUCAGAAGACGACGAGGAAUCGGACAGUGAUGGGAAAAACGAAAGUCCAGCCAGUCCAGAUUCCAAUGUCGACGGAAGUCCCACGUCCCCAUUUCGUAAACAGAACUUCCGGUUUCCAUUACCUAAUGGAGAUAUAAAAACAAGGGAAAAACGAGUAGCAUUUGGAACUAAGCGCUCCCAUAGUUCAUUUUCUCCAAAACGACGAUCUUCCAUAAAGGACCGACGGCGAUUAAACUCAGCGACAGAUUCAGGGAAAUCAAAUGAUCCUUUAUCAAAUUCUAUUGAUAGUUUACAAAUAGAAGUAGAAGGAACAAAAACAAACAUUAAACAGUUAGAGAAACGAAUAACGACGAUCAGUAACGAACUGUGUAGUAUUGGUGGUAAUCUCAAACUUGUUGUUCAACUGCUGACCCCUAACCCUAGUCUCCAUUCGGAGUCACCACCAUCGACGCCAUAUUCACCUUAUGUAAAGCCAUCUUUUUCAUUCGGAUCACCGACUAGUGAGGACAUAGGUAUCGAAUCUAUGGACAAUACAUCUCUAACAUUGGGCGUGCCUAGUCCUGGUUACAAACGACAUUCAGGUGAUAGAUUUAGAUCACCUCUCAUUGAAAAAAAGCAAUUAUUGAAUAACACUUUAGCUCAUAUCUUUGCCAAUAAAGACAAUGAUCGGAAACCGGAUGAUACCACAGAAACGGUCAAUAGAUUUCUUAAGCUUGACCUGAGAGACAAUUUGCAUAAAGGGGAUUGUGUUCCACCUAUUUCGCCUAUUCCAAGAAACAAUAAUUGUGGCUCUCCUACCUGUAUAUCACCUUGCCCGAGAACCAGUAGAAUUAUAAUGGAAAACCCAUCUCCAUUGUCUCCAAUUUUAAGACACAGUAAAGUGUCGUCGGAAUGUGCGUCGCCUCUCUCUCCGUCUUCAAGAAAUAGUUUGACUACGCAUGCGUUUAAAUCACAUGACAGUGGAAAGCAAUCUGUAAUUGUGACGGCUGAUAGGGCUAAGGAAAACGGGUAUAUAAGUAGGACGACAGAUCUUUAAGACACAGUAAAGGGUCGGCGGAAUGUGCGUCGCCUCUCUCUCCGUCUUCAAGAAAUAGUUUGACUACGCAUGCGUUUAAAUCACAUGAUAGUGGAAAGCAAUCUGUAAUUGUGACGGCUGAUAGGGCUAAGGAAAACGGGUAUAUAAGUAGGACGACAAAUCUCUUAAUCAUUUGUAUUUUGAAAGUUCGUAAUUAUUUACAAUUCCUACGUGGCAUAUGUUUAAUUACGUUUGAUUAAUAUUAUAUUUUACUAGUUUUAUUUUACAUAAUUGUACUUUACAUUUUUAAAGUUGUAUUUGUGUGAUAUUAUAUGCUGAAACUAACUAUAAGAUAUAAGGGAACAAACCAUCUCUUAUCCAUUAAGGGCAUACGAUACAGUUUUGAUCCCAGGAUGCAUUUUUUUACGUAAAUUUGCAUACCAUCCAUUGUUUAUCUAGUCAAUUUGAAUAUGUAAUAAAAUAGAUAUAUCUUCAAGUGCUACCUUUAGAGAUAAAUGGGGUCGAAAUUUUAGACAUUUACUAAAAUUUAUUGUGUUUUGGUAGGACAAAUUUUGGUUUUUUGAUCAGACAUACAUAUUUUUUGUUUCAAAAGAUAAACACAGGCGACUUUUUGAAAAAGCAUUCGGAAAAUCUUAUUUACAUAAGUAUUCUCUAAAAUUGUGCAACAAUUCAUCGCAAAUUAUUCUUCUUUAUUCAUUGUUUGCCGUAUAUAUAUAUAUAUAUAUAUAUAUAUAUCUAUUUUUUUUAAAAAUCAUCAGGAAUUUGUUCAUAAAAAUUGGUAAAAAUAAUCUUCAUACAUAAUCACGCCAAAUGCCAUUUUUAAAAAGAGGGGUUCAUGUACACCAUUUCAAGCUAAUGGUUAAAAUCAGUCAAAAAAUGCAUCUUUGUCAGAUAUGCAACAUUAUGACGUCGCAAAAUAACUACAUUCACGUAAGCAACGGCAUUAACUCCACUGUAAUGUAUCGUAUGCCCUUAAAUUGGAAUUUAUUAGAAUGUCGGUCUGUUUUCUAUUAAGUGUAAUGAAAUUAAUGACUCGCAUUUUAUAGUCAUUGCAUCAGCAAACGUUUCCACGCCGUGUCAAUUGUGCAUCUAAACGCCUUAUAUUUUGAGACGUCUGAAAAAUAUGUUAUACAUAUUUUUGUAUUUUCUGGGUCUAAUAUUCUAGUUAGGUUUUUCUAUCAUAGGAAUAGACUUGUUGCGAUUUAGGGCUAAAUUGACACUGAAAUAAAUUGUAUUUGAAAUUUUCUCAAAUUUGCAAAAUAAAUGUUGAAUAUAUGUUCCAGUACUAUGAUAAAACAUCGAACGUUAGUUUAAAAUAGUUGCCAGUCAUUGUUAAAACAGACAUGAACAGACAGUAAAUUGAGUAAAAUGGCGAAUUAGCAAAGACAAUGAGACAAUUUGACUCUCAGAUAGUAAGAAAUUAUAUAGAGCACGAGCCUCGCCCAAAAAGAUAUUUGCACAAGAUGUGUAUUUUGUGUAUAUCUAUUUGCUGACAAAACAUUAGUUUUAACGACGCAUGUGCUCUAUUCAAAUUUUACCAUUAUUUUCCAGAAUUUAGCCUACAUGUAUUUCAUGCUAUAAUUAAGCAAAUCCCGACUAUGGCGUAAUUUCAAUGACAUCAACAAUCCAAAAUGUGACGUUUUCAAGACUUACCUAGUUCAUGAUUUUUCCUGGUAUUUCGCUCAUUGUAAAUAGAUUGUCAUCUGUUAGACAUUGUAUAAUGACAAUGUGUUUAUUUAUGUUACAUGUUCAAUGAAGCUGUGAUAAUAUUUAUUGUUAUGUAAUGUUUAUUGUAAAGGCCAAUUCAACUGGUGUCUGUGUUAAGCAAUACAUGAUGCAUGAGUUAACAGGAACCUAGUUUCCUGCUUCAUUCUUUCUAUUUUCCGUAUCAGCUUCCUGUUAUUAGGAAUACCCACAUGCGUUACUGUUUUGUGUUGAUCGGUCCUUAAUUAAUUACUUAUUUGAAAAUUACGUCAAAACAUAAAAAUAUAUUCAAUUGUUUAUAUCUAACAAAGUAUUGUCAAUGUAAUAAAUACACUAUGAUUGUGUACAGUAACUUUACCUAUUCAUGAAUUCCUAUUGAAGAAAAAUGGCAGUUAUUUUGCCGGAAUUUAAAACCUUUUUGUCAACAGACCUUUAAUAAUAGAAUAAUGAAAACAACAUGGUCAAAACCGGUGAAAUCUUAAUCUAAAAAAGGAUUAAUCCCCCUCUACUAGAAUUUAAUGUGUCCAUAUUUUAAUUUAGAGCUGGUAGAUUUUUCAAUCCUUUUGAUGUGAUUUUCACCAUGCGGUCAUUAAACUUUCGAGUACAUUUAUCGUACUCAGACUCAGAAUACAACCAAUCAAAAUACUGGAUUUGGUUUUCGAGCACAAAUGGUGUAGUCCGAGAAGUGAGUAAAGUUUUAUGACCGAGAGCCCAGUCUACUACACAGUAUAAAAUCUUUUUGAGAAACUGCAGAUCAAGCGCAAUUUUUUCCCACUUUCAUAAGAAAUGCUUGCAUUAUCUUAUUUAGAUAUAAGAAGAUGUGGUAUGAGUGCCAAUGAGACAACUCUCCAUCCAAGUCAAAAUUUAUAAAAGUAAACCAUUAAAGGUUACAGUACGGUCUUCAACACGGAGUAUUUGUAUACCACCUUCAGAUAAACCCCUAUUUCUUCUGUGUUCUAAUCUACGACUAUGUUUCCCUUAACCGAUCCUCUACAGAAUUCCGAUGAUAUUGUUUAUAGUUUUAUAAGUUCAUAGCCCGCCAUAUUUGUUAAUUGUUGAGAAAUUAACCAUUCCAUGAAAAUAUUUAAUUACAUUCGCGUGUUUACAUAUCAUUGUAUUGUUUUAUGUAAUGGUUGCUGAAAAAAUAUUCUUUUUGUUAUGCUAAUUAAAUUUUUUGAGAUAACGUUAA